AUGAGCGGGAGGCCAAAGCCAAGAAGGGGCGCCAGGCUUUUUCGGGCUCAAUCGGAAGAGGCCGGCGGCAGCGCUAAUCUGCAUGUCGCGCUCCCGGAGUGCGGAAGCCCCGACCCCAACAGGCUGACCCGGUCCACGAAGAUGGUCCUAAGCACCUUGUGGAUCCUGACGCUCCUCCUCGUAGGACUUGGAAAUCAUAGGUGGCUUAAAGAAGCAGAGUUUCCUCAGAAAUCCAGACACUUUUAUGCUUUAGUUGCAGAAUAUGGUUCAAGGCUUUAUAACUACCAGGCCCGACUUCGAAUGCCGAAAGAGCAACUGGAGCUUUUAAAGAAGGAAAGCCAGACUUUGGAAAACAACUUCCGUGAAAUUCUAUUUUUAAUUGAACAAAUAGAUGUUCUGAGGGCACUCCUUAGGGAUACGCAGGAGGAUCUGCACAGCUACAGCUGGAACACGGACCAGGAUGAGGACCAGGACCCCACGGAGGCCACCGAUGAGGAAAUGUCAAACUUGGUAAAUUAUGUCCUUAAAAAGUUGAGAGAGGACCAAGUCCAGAUGGCUGACUAUGCACUUAAAUCAGCAGGGGCCUCUAUUGUGGAAGCCGGGACCUCAGAAAGUUACAAAAAUAAUAAAGCAAAACUUUACUGGCAUGGGAUUGGGUUCUUAACUUAUGAGAUGCCUCCAGAUAUUAUCCUCCAGCCGGACGUCCACCCUGGGAAGUGCUGGGCCUUCCCAGGUUCCCAGGGUCACGCCCUGAUCAAGCUUGCCAGGAAGAUCGUGCCAACCGCCGUUACCAUGGAGCACAUCUCGGAGAAGGUGUCUCCCUCAGGGAAUAUCUCCAGCGCACCCAAGGAAUUUUCUGUCUAUGGCAUCUCGAAACAGUGUGAGGGAGAAGAGAUUUUCCUAGGUCAGUUCGUAUAUAACAAAACAGGAAGCACUGUUCAGACAUUCGAGCUCCAGCAUGAUGUUUUUGAAUCCUUAUCAUGUGUAAAACUGAAAAUCCUCAGCAACUGGGGACACCUGAAAUACACAUGUUUAUAUAGAUUCAGAGUCCAUGGCACCCCAGGAGAAUACCCCUAG